CAAAAAAAUUAGGGUUAUCAAUACGUAAAUGUAAAUCUCACUGACUCACUCCUUCCUCAUAUGGAGAAUCACUUCUUAUCUGGCCCUCGUCGUUGCCAAGGUUUCUCAACAAUCAAGCUCCAAGCCAUGACCAUUCUUGAAAGCUCUUUCCAUUGCUAGCCACUAAACCAUCUCUAUGCCUUUAUCAAGUUUGAUAUUUGGCCUUUAUCCUCGCCCUACUUCUCCACGACCGUACUGGAACUUGCCAUUCACCUCUUGCUGCCUGCUAGCAACUACCGCAAUGGAGCAAAAGGCAACAUCCAUCCACGACCAUCACACACCGGAUUAGGAUCCUCAACUAGAUUUGCCACAUCCCCGAACAUAAACUCUGCUGAAGUACCAACCACCUCCACUGCUCUAAGGCAUAAACAAUGGAACAGAAAACAAGCACCAGUUGAUGAUUGAAGCAAAGAGAGAAAGCAAAAAAUCUCAUGUCGGUGGUAGGGAAAAAAUAGCAAAAACUAAAGAAUCUAGCAUUCCGAAUAGAGGUUUUAGAAGUAUGAUGUGUCUCUUAACUUAAUCAAGAAUGACAUUUCCC